CAUGGCCAGAAACUCCAAGCCAGUCAUGUUCAGGUUGAUUGAUAACUUCGUAAUAGUAGUAGAACUAAACACAAUCCCUAUCAGAUCGGUCGGUCACGUCGCGGUGCCGCUGGUAAACGCGUCCGUCUGUCAAAAAAAAAAAAAGAAUGAUCUGCCUGACAUGCAAUUCAAAAGAGGGUCAAAUAUCUUCAUCAGGUCUGUGGGCCUGUGCCGUCGUGAUUUCAUUUCGCCGUGGCCGUCAUAGGAAAACGGAUACAUAUGCACCCAAAAAACACCUCGGAAAUGCCAACGCCGUCCAAACCCAGGUUCUCCAAAGGGACAAUGAUAAAACAAGAAACAAGAAACAGGAAACAAAAACCAGGAUAGCAGGUAGCAACAAUAGUAAGCAUUCGUAACGCCGUUCUUCAGUCGCGUAGCGUGGCUGACCCAACAACGGGCCCGGG